GUGUGUGCGUAAGGAAAAAGGUUCGUGAUUCGUCUGCGGCAGAAUCGGGCCGCUUCGGGGCAUCGCCGAGCCGUCGACGGGCACGAGACGAAAGGUUUUCAGAAAGCCCAGCUUGGCACGUCGGUCAUUUGUAUUUGGAACGCCGUAGCAGAAAGAAGGACUCGGGCGAACAAGCGACGAAGCGUGCGAACGGAGUGGAGCGGCUAUUUAGCUUUUAGCGCCCUUUUUUGUUUUAUUUCCCCACACAAAUCCAACGGCAACACGCAUUUUGGCAAAACACACAUUUCGGCUAAAAAUCACAAAAAAAAAAAAAUUAAACUAACUCUUUCGGACUAAACAAAAAAAAAAAUCGAAAAACGACAAAGAAAAAGAAAAAGAGAAUCAGAAACAAAGUUACAAAAGUUAUGUUGUGUUCGUAAACAAUUUUUUUCUGUUCGAUCCACGGUUUAAAGAUAGAAAUAAUAAUAAAAACGAUAUAAGAAGUGAUCUCGGAGUUCGGAGUGAGAAGCAUUCAUCAUCAUCAUCGUCAACAUCGGCUUCGGCAUCGGCAUCGACUUCGACUUCGACUUCGGCGUCAGCUUCAUUAUCGAGCACAGCACUCACCGGCGAAGCGGGCGAACAAAGGAGACGGAGAAAGAAGAGAGUCAGUCAGUCAGUCGCCCAGUCGCCGGCUCGCAAACAAAAUUCAAAAUUCAAAAUUGCAAAGCACAGUGGGCCACAUAGCGAUCAGUAGUUUCCUUCAGUUUUCUUUUUUGGCACGUCUCUGUUUUUUUUUGUAAAUUAUUUUUUGUUGGACUCGUACGCCGAUUUUUUGUGUUCCGGUGAAGCAGAAGAAGGAGCAGCAGAGGAUCGAGAGGCGAUCGACGCAGCAACGCAGCCACGCAGCCACGCAGCGACAAGGAGAGCAGAGCAGCGCAGUCCGGCGAAGAGCUGGCGAAAGCGAAGGCGCAGAUAAUUCAAAUACAAAAACAAACACAAAACCGAAACCAAAAAAAAAAAAAAAAAGAUAGAAAAAAGUAUCAACUGAAAAACCAAAUCAAACACAACGACCGGCUGGAAGGCCGACGAUCACGCAGGAGGAGGAUGCGCCACUGAUCCCGGAGAGCAAUGAGAAGCAGCAGCGGCAGCAGCAGUAGCAGCAGAGACAGCAGCAGCACGGCAGCGGCCACUUAUGUAGCGGUAAAUGGCGAGCAUGAAAACUGAAAUGCCGCCACUGCACGCGGCAGAGGCGCUCGCCGCCGCCAGCAGUGACAGCGGCGGAGGAGGAGUAGGAGGAGCCGGAGGAGGCGGCGCAACGGGCGGCGGCGGCCCGGGCUCCGUUGUGGGCGGCAGUCCGCCCGCCACGCCCAACGCCACGAUCAGCGCCGCGGCCGAUUCCAGCGACAAUCAGCCCGGCACGCCGCAGCCUCCGCAGCAACAGCAACAGACGCAGCAGCAACAGCAGCAGGCGCAGCAGCAGCAGCAACAAGCCCAGGGAAUGGGCGCAGAUCCCCAACAACAACAACAGGCCUCGGGCAUCACCCACCAGCCCUACGCCACACACCACAUGUACUCCUCCACGGCCGGACAGCAGCAGCAGCAGCAGGUGCAACAGCAACAGCAGCAGCAGCAGCAACUCUACGGCGGACUGUACGGCGGUGAGAUGCAACACCAGCAACAAGGAUACGCCAGCAGCUACAUCAACAGCUACGAGCAGUUCUACCAGCAGCAGCAGCAGCAACAGCAGCAGGGCUCCGAGUACGCCUUCGGAGGCGUCGGCCUGGGCGGCGUGGCCGACUACGGCAAGAGCACGGCCGGAGUGCGCUACCACCCGUACCUGCAGACCCCGACAUCGGGCCUAAGCGGCAUGCCGGCGGCGGCCAGCGCCACGGCCGAGGACGCGGUGAGUGCGCCCAGCGCGGUCAGCACCACCACGGCGGCGAUGAGCCCGCGGGUGGUGAGCAGCAGCAGUCCCACCUCGACCUCCUCUCACCUGCAGCUGGGCAGUGGCAGCGGCCAGACGCCCGGCUCCCCGGGUGGCGCCGGCGGCGGCGGAUGCAAGUUGCAAUGCAAGAAGUGCGGCAUCCUGACCACCAACGAGUCCGAGCUGCAGGAGCACAUUGCCAACGUCCACGGUGAGUCGCCGUACGGCAGCAGUGGCUACGCCAGCUCCCCGUACAUCAAGGAGGAGAUGCCCACUCCCCAGCCGCCGAACGGAGGCGCCUCCGCGGCCAAUCCCGGCGAGCUGCUGGACCUCGACUCGCAGAAGAUGGUCUACCACCAGCAACUGCUCCAGCAGCAGCAGCAGCAACAGCACGAGGCGAUCACCGGCCUGCCGCUGGGCGCGCUCCCCGACCCGCUCCACUCGAUGCAGUCCAUGCAGCAGCGGGCGCUCCACAGCUGGGAGCAGCAGCAGCCGCAGCAGGCGGUGGAGGGCCUGCCGCCCUACAUGCAGCAGGGCCUGGGCGUCGGCCUGGGCCUAGGCGUGGGCGUGGGUGUGGGCGUGGAGAAGUCGCCCUACUACUCGCCGAAGCAGUCGCCCUACCACCAGACGGCCAUCAAGCAGGAGUACGGCGCCCACGCCAUGAUCAAGUCCGAGUAUCCGGACUCGCAGCACUACGUGGACAAGUCCUUCGACCCGACGGCGGCCGGAGGCGGGGCCGGCGAGCUGUGCGGCAGUGUGGCCACCAGCCCGGCGGAGUUCCCCAGCACCACCACGGGCGGGCCGGGCCAGGAGAGCGGCACGGGCGCCGGGCCACCGGGGGGUGGAUACCGCGGCUUCGAGCCUCCCAGCUCCAGCUCGGUGCUGCCGGCCAACAGCCUGACCGCCAAGGCGGCCACCUGGAAGUCGAACGAGGCGCGCCGCCCCAAGACCUACAACUGCACGGCCUGCAACAAGUGGUUCACCAGCUCGGGCCACCUCAAGCGCCACUACAACACGACGCUGCACAAGAACGCGGUGAAGUCGAGCGGCCAGCCGGACCCGGCCACGCUGCCGAUAUCGGCGCACCACCACCCCUCGCGGGAUCCGGUGACGAAGCCGAGUCGACGCGGCACAGCUGCAGCAGCUGCGGCCGCUGCUGCCGCCGCCGCUGCGGCCGCCUCGGGCGGGAAUCAGCAGCAACAGGUGCCGCCGCCACCACCGCCGGCGAACGUACCGCCACCGGAGCCGCCCAGAAGUCCACCCGACUAUGGAGGAGGAGGAGGAGGCGGGGUGGGAGCUGCGGGCGGCGCUGCCAUGUCCCAGUACUCGGCCUCGCCCUCGCCCACCACCCAGCAACAGCAGCAGCACCACCUCCACCACUCGAACGGCUAUGCCAACGGCAACGGCGCCGCCAACGGGUACGGCGGCUACAUGCAGCAACAAGUGCAAUCAACGACAAACGCUUCACCACAGCACGCUUCCACCAACCAGCAGUUGCAGAUGCAGCAGCAGCAUCAUCUUCAUAACAACAACAACAACUCCGUUUUGAACGGUCACCCAAACGGGCUAGCAGGUCCCUCCGCCCCACACAACAACAACAACAACAACACCACCCAAAUGCCGUCCUCCCAAAUGAGGGGCCUGCUGAACGAAACAACAACCACUCCGCCAAUAAUAACAACAACAAUCCAAGCACCACAAACAGCAACACCACCACCCCAACCACCAACAACAACAACAACAACAGUAAUGGCGGCAGCUAUAAAGAGCGAGCUAAUGGAGGACAGCAACCACACUCACACUCACACCCACAUGCACUCCCUCACCCACACCCACACCCACAUGGCCACCCACACGCACAGUCGCAGCAGCAACAGCUCAAUGGCCACGGAGGAGGCGGAGGAGGAGCAGGAGCUGGCGGAUCCGGAGGAAGAUCACCUGCAGCAUCAGCAGCAGGCAGCGGCGGCAGUGGCGGCGGCGGAGCAGCAGGCAUAUCUGCUGGCGGCGCGGCAAUACCACAGCAGCACCCCCAUCAACAGCACCAGCAACAUCAACAGCAACAGCAGCAGCAGCAACAGCAACAGCAACAGCUGCAACACCAAUCCCAGCACGCCCAGCAGCAGCAGCAACUCGCCCCUUACUAUCUACCAACAGGAGCCGCAGGUAACGGAUUUCUCGCGCACCACCCCGCCGCCGCAGCUGCUGCCGCCUAUGGGAAUGCUGCCGCAUAUGGCAAUGGACUACAACAUGCUGGCUUUGGAUAUGCCCAUGCCCAUGCACACGCUCAUGCCGCCCAGCAUGCCCAGUAUGCUGCAGUGCAGCAGCACCAGCACCACGCCGCUAGCUACUACCACCACCACCAGUAUGCAGGACACUAUGCAGCCGCUGCAGCCAGCGCAGCUGGUGUCCCACUACCACCAGGCGGUGCUCCCGCUCCCGCUCCCGCUCCCCCCUCAUCAUCAACGCCAACCGGAGCAGCAUCAGGAGGAGCAUCAUCAGCAGCAGCAGCAUCGGGAGCUUCUCCAACUGGAUCAGCAGCAGCAGCAGGCGCUAAUCCUGGCGCAGGGGGACAAUAUGCCGCACAGCAGCAGUUCACCCACCAGCAGCUCCCCACCGCCGCUGCAGCAGCCGCCGCCGCCCACCAUGGGCAUGCCCAUGCCGCAGCAGCCGCUCACCACCACCACCACAGCGCCGCAGCUGCUGCCGCUGCCGCUGCAGCCGCCGCCGCCGCACAUCACCAGCACCAUGCCCAUGCCGCCCACCAUGCACAUGCCCAUCAUGCCGCCGCCGCCGCCAUGCUACCAACAGCUGCAGCCGCUGGAUCCCACAAUGAGCUAUCACACUAUUAUUGGUAGUGGGGCCACCACCUCGACCACCGAGGCCACCUCGGCCGACGGCGGAGCAGGAGCAGGAGCAGGAGCGACUGGGUAUCCGGGCAACCAUCACCAGAUCACCACCAGCGACGGCCAGAUCCUGCAGCUGAUGCCCGCCUCCCUCUUCUCCCCGUACGCCCCACUGUCGCCGUACUCGGUGGCCGCCCAGCGGUCCCCGCAGGAGGGCGACCUGCCCCCGAUGCACACCCUCACCACGGCGCUGCACGCCCACCAGCAGGCCCAGCAGGAGGCCCAGACCCCGACGCUCACCGUGCUGGCCACGCCCUACUCGCCCACGGUGAGCAGCUCGCGGGCCACCCCCGCCCUGGAGCUGGAGCACGGCCUGGCCACGUUGAUACACCACCAGCAGAUGGAUCCCCAUCUGGAUCCGUACCAGCUCCAGCACCAGCACCAGCAGCUGGAGCAGAUGCAGCAUCUGGAUCAGCAUCCGCAGCACCUGGAACAGCAGCAUCUGGAGCAGCAGCAACUUGAGCAUCAGCAGCAACUGGACCAACACCACCAGCAGCAGCAGCAGCAACAUCAGAUCCUGUCCCAGCCGCCGGCGAAGAAGCGACGCAGUGGCGCCACACCAUCGACAACGACCACCAAGCGUCGGCGCAACAGCAGCGUGGGCUCCACCUCGCCGCACUCGACCACGCUGCCGUCGGGCAGGAUCAAGUGUCUGGAGUGCGACAAGGAGUUCACCAAGAACUGCUACCUCACGCAGCACAACAAGAGCUUCCACUCCGUGUCGUAUCGGAGCCGGCAGCCCAGAUCCUUCGCCCAGAGACGCAUCAAAAUUUAAGCAAAUUGAGUUUCGGACAAGCCCCAAGGACUCUGGGGAUCAUUUUUGGGUAAAGUCAUAAACAGCCCUUGCUGGCAUAGAGAGUCUAGCUGAGGCAAUCGGUGCAUGAAUACUCUUUUCGAAAACCAAGCCCCAACAGCAGUGGGCUCAAAAUUUAGUCUUACCUUUUUGUUCAGCCGCAUUGCCGAGGCAGAAAUAAGCUACGAUUGGAUAAGUUUGCUCUAAAAUAAAUAAAUUAUAUGAAAGUCCAUACCGCAAAAAACCACAAGGCAAUAGUUGGGUAUUAUGAGGAAGUCUCCAGCAGAGCAAGGACGAAACCGAAAGAAUUGUCUCCUAUAUCAACAUUGUGCAUAUCAUUUAUUGGACAAACGACAAAGAAACUAAACAAAAACAAAACAAAAACAAAAACAAUAAUUAAACUUAAAUAGCAAAAGAUUUAAAUUUUAAAACGAGGCAAUAUAUAUACUUUUAGUUGAAAUUAAAACUGUUGGAAUUGCAGUGCAAUAUAAAGUGUUUAUUUUUUUUUUUAGAAAUAAAAGGAUAUACCUCGGCAGGGAAUCAGCUCAGAACGUAAUAGAAAUCUACCUCGUUAGCAGUAAAGAGUGGAACUUUCAGAAUACCUUUUAGUUCGAUUCAGAUUCUUCCAGAAAGCAAAGAAACAAAGCAAAGAAAAUGUCAACUAAUUAUACGUAAAACUAAAACAAAUAACUUUAAAUACAAUUGUUUAUAUGCUCUAUAUAUACAAGCUAUACAUAUAUACACGAAGGAUACUUUUAGGCUAAGAGGACUCUGGUGGUGAAGCCACCGCCACCACCACGCCCCUGCGCCGCGGCCGCCCAUCCCCCUGGUUUUUAUCCACGAGUUGCGCGACCUUGUCAUCAGUUUAAAUUUGAAUCUUUACAGUUUGGCCAGCUACCGAGAAUUUGUUGCUCAAAUGACAAUGCAACCCACCCCCCUGAUCGAGGGGGGCGGCGGCCGCCGGUGCCAGGGCCAGGGCCAGGGGCGGCGACCACACUUUUCUUUGGGGGGCUAACCUCUAACCCCUGCCCCCCCAAGGAAACAAAAAAGAAACCCAUCUCAACAACGAACAAAUGCAUUGAGAAAUGAAAGUUACAGAUACAGAGGAAAACGAAACAAGCGGUUACGAAACAAGUGAUUUCGAUAGCCUGGCAGAAGGACUAGUAUUUUCUAUUCCGAUUUAUUUUUGAAUUUUAUUAAAAUUUAUUUUAUGAAAAGAACUAUUAACCUCUCACCUUUGCUCGGCUAUCAAACGGUUUCUGUUUCUUUCCGAUCCUCGAUCUAUGUACUUCUGUUUUGUGUUCAGAUCGUUUACCUAAAUAUAGUAAUUUUUUUGAUAACAUUAACCUAGAACAGAAGAUCAUUUAAGCAAUAUAUAAUGCAGGAAGCCACUUGGUUCGGUCUUGAAAUUGAAAAAAAAAAAAAUUUUAAAAACAAAAAUGAAGCACAAGAAACCCUAAAACAUAUUUGAAUUAUGUAGCAACUACAUGUUAAAUUUUAGCAAUUAAUUAUUAAAUAAAAGUAAAAGGGGAUCAGAAGCCCAUACAUACCUAUAUACGAGCAUGGAGAAGAUCGGGUGUGUGCCACAUGCCACAUGCCACAUGCCACAUAAAACAUCCAAAUAAAAAUCACACAAAAAUGUAUAUUUAAUGGAAAAUUUUUGAAAGCACCAAGUGAAGAGAAAGCCCAAGAAACCGCCAAAGAGUUUAUAUAGAAAAGUUGAACAAUCGCCAAAAUGCAUAAAUCUUAAAUGUAUGUAGUAGAACUUAAAAACUAAAAACUUAAAAAGAAAACUAAACUAAAAUCGAACAAAAAACUAAAUCGCUAACUUAAACAAACAAUAAUGCAACAGGAACCGUGUACCUCUCUGUCUUCAACAACCACUGGCACCAAAAUCGAAUAUCACACAAGAAUAUUUAAUGAAAAUGUUUUAAUCCAAUUAAUUAAUUGUGUAUUGUGUAUGUCUGAGUGUGCGUGCAUGUGUAUUUGUACAUUUUUACAAACUCAUAGCCACUACAGCCAGCUGGGCCACGAAACUAACAGAAAGACAGAAUCCUCACUCGUAUCAGGAAUUUUAACAAGAGAUUUUAUAUUUAGACGAUGUUGCCGCAAGAGUAUUUAAAGUGGAAAUUAAACGUUAGCUCAGUGUUCGGGCCAAGUACUACCCAUAGUAUCCAAAAUCUUAGUGUUAAACCCCCAUGUCGAUGGAGUCGAAAAGUCGAAAAUCGGAAGCCAAAAUUGUAAUCCGAAUAAAAUGAAUUUAUGCAUUUCUAGCAGAGAGAAAGCCAGUUGUUUCUCCCACUCUAUGUGUGUAUCUCAAUAUAUAUAUAAUUCUACAUAUGCACAUGUGUGUACAUACAUAUAACGAAGGGGGUUCGGUUCUCCCACCACCCCCCACAAGCAAGCACCUCAAGCAAGAACCCCCGGCCCCCGAAAAGGGCGAAAAUUUGACACACGACAGAGAAAAUGGAAUUUUUUUUUGAACCGAAAUAAAGAAUGUAAACUACA